CAUAACUUCACACCAAAUUGCAACAGGGUAUGCGAGGGCAAGGCAGGAAAAGAAAUCCUUAGGAGCACCUGAAUAAAAAUCCUCUCGUGUUUUCCACUUCGAAUGCCCCUUUUUCCAUUGAGGUGGGAUAUGAAAGUAUAAAGACCAUUCCACCCUACAAUAUAACUACCACUCCCUCCAGUUCCACAAUCCGUGUCAAUUUGGACAAAGCUCAGGGUAAACUUUUAAAACUCAUUUCAUGUUUCUACAAUAUAACUACUUGAGUAUUUGUUAGAUAUUUUCCUUUCAUGUAUGUGCUAUACUGAUCUGAUGUUAAAUGUAUUUUACAGCUACUUAUUUGAGUUGUUACAUGUAGAUCCCUACAACACCAAUUAUAGUUGGGGAAGGUGAACCUCCUCCCUCUUGGGAUCCGGUACCAACUCCAAAAGCUAUGGUUGGAAAAGGCUCCCCAAGGUUCAACAUAGGCGGUUCCCCAAAGUUGCGUAGGUUCAUUCCUACAACAAGUGCUACUAAAAAGAAGACUUCUCCUAAAUGCAGUGGGGCAAAAAAGAGUGGAAGUUCUCCAAGAGCAGUGAAACAAAGAGCGGAUUGGAAUCCAGGCCUUGAGAGGUCUCUUGUUGACAUUCUCCAUGAAUUUAAAGAAAGUGGAUAUAGAGGUGACAAUGGUUGGAACUCCGAAGGGUGGAAUAGAAUGGUCAAGGAGUUUCAUGUGAGGAACAAGUAUGUCUCCUUUACAAAGUCUCAAAUUCAGGAUAAAGAAGGUCAGCUGAAGAGAGACUACAAGAUGCUCAAAGCAGCAAAGCAACAGAGUGGGUCCACCUGGAAUGAGAAAAGGAAUAUGGUUGAAGGACCACCAGCUUUGUGGGAGAAUCUCAUGGUGACAUUUCCUAAAAUCAAGAAGUUUAACAACAACAAGGCAACCUUCCCGCUCUUUGAUGCUUUGGGAGAGCUUUAUGAUGGACACUUGGCUGAAGGGACUUGGAAUUGCACUUCUCUUGAGGCACUGCAAGAGGAAGAACCGAAUGAGCAACUUCAGGAUGCAGAAGAUGGACCACAAGGCUUUGAUCUGAAUGUUGUUCAUGAUGUAGAUGAUGAAGUUGAUGAUGCACUCACGGAAAGGAAUGAAGAUAUGCUUCAAGGAAGGGCUAAUACUCUGUCACGAGAUGAAGAAAGUGGACAGCGAAGACCUGCUGCGUCAAGAAACAAGCAAGAAAAGGAACCAAAGAAGCCUAGAAAGACUGAUAACAUAGAAAAUAUGAUGAACAAAUACCUAGAAAUGAGGAGCAAGCAAGUAGAAGAUGAAGCUGCAAGAGAAAAGGAAGCAAGAGAAAAGGAGACAAGAGAAAAGGAGGCAACUCAAAGUGAAGAUUUCUCCAUCAAAAGGUGCAUAUCAGUUCUGAACAUAAUGGAAGAAGUGACCAAACUGGAGAAGGCAAAAGCAUAUUCAGUCUUCACCAAGAGCAAAGAGAAUAGAGAGACUUUCAUAUGUGCAUGUGAAGCGGAUCAAGAAUCAGCUUUGAUUUGGCUAAGAAAUGAGAUGGCUUAGUAGGUUUGGGUGAUCAAUUGGUGAUGCUUAGCACAUCUGGAGGUUUCUUAUUUUGAACUGACAUGCUUAGUUCUAAAGUGAUGUUUCUUCUUAGCACAUCUGUUCUAUCUUUUAGCUGUUGAAGAUGACAGUCUAUCAAGAUUGUUCUUUGCGUUUGUUGGCAAGACUAUAAUUUGUCUAUCAAGACUAUAACUUUGAUAUCUAGCAGCUUUGAAUUGCUGUUCUUAGCAGCUUUGUUAUGUCUUAGCAACUUUGUUAUGUGUAUUGUCAAGUAUUGGAAAGACAACUUCGUAUGUGUGACCAUUGUUGUUACUGCAUUUGCUUAUGUAGCUGAUUCUUAUGUUACUGUUUCUUUUGGCAAGUAUGCGUGAACAAUUGGAGGUCUUUUUAUUAUUACUGUAUGUAUCUUUGUAUGUAUGUACACCAUUGUUUCUUAGUUGUUAAUAUGUGUAUGUAUGUGCAAGUGCAUUGGAAACAAAGCUGAGCAGUUAUCCUGACCAAAACUGGACAGCAGCUGGCCGAAACUGGGACUGGGCAGCAGCUAUGCUGGCCGAAACUGAGCAGCA